AUGCUUCAUGCGCAACUUAUUACCCUUUUUGCGUUAGUACUCAUCUGUUUGGCGGAGGAGUCUAAAUUAAAAGUAAAACCCGCGUCAAAACCUGUCAGGUUAUUCACCGAUGAAGAGUUGAGAAGAUACGAUGGAAGUGAGGACGGGCAGCCCAUUUACAUGGCCGUAAAGGGUGUCGUGUUUGACGUAACAUCUGGCAAAAAAUUUUAUGGUAAGGGUGCCCCUUACAACGCCCUUGUGGGCAAGGACUCAACCCGAGCUGUGGCUAAAAUGUCCCUUAAUCCUGAAGAUCUGACCCAUGAUACAACGGGCCUUACUAAGGAGGAGCUGGAUUCCCUUGAGAGCGUAUUCACUGGAACAUACAAAUCAAAGUACCCCAUAGUGGGUUACACCCAUAGACGCAUUCUAAAAGAUGGCAGCCCAAAUGAAGAUUUCAAACCAGAGGAUCAACCUCAUUUCACCUUCAAAAAUGAGCUUUGAUGCUUAGAUAAAUAGAACAUUAAGGUUGAUUCGGUAGUAAUUAUUAAAGAUUUUGCAUUGAUUAAUGUAUGCUCUCUAUAUGUGGGAUAAGAUUACUAUCUGAGAAAUACCUCUCUAAAAAGAUUAAUUUCCUACUGAUUUAGUUUGAUAAUUGUUUGGAGAAUUUUAUGGCAAGGGUGACACUCACAACGCCCUUGUGGUCAAGGACUCAACCAAAGCUGAGGCUAAAAUGUUCCUUAAUCCUGAAGAUCUGACCCAUGAUACAGUGAGUUGUUGAGGAGCUCUUUUUAGUCAUUUUGCAUUGAUUAACACCAGCUUCCUUCACAUGGGAUAAGAUUACUGUCUGAGAAAUAUGUCUGUAACAAGAUUAAUUUUCUACUCAUUUAGUUUGUUUUAGUCUCACUUCUGUAUUUCUUGGCAAUUACUGUAUUUAAUAAAGUUGUUGAAACUUCAAA